CUGUUUCAGGUUCCAUAUUGUAUUGUGAAAGGAAAGGCAGCCCUCGGUCGUAUCGUUCAUCGUAAAACCACGUCUUGUCUUGCGAUUGUUGACACAAAUCCGGAGGAUAGAUCGCAGCUGUCACGUCUGAAAGAAUCAGCCCUAACGAACUUCAACGAGCGUGCCGACGAGCUUCGUAGGCAUUGGGGUGGUGGCGUCAUGUCAGCACGUUCACAAGCGCAGAAAGCAAAAAUUGAGAAGGCACGAGCCAAGGAGAUAGCUCAGAAGGCUUAA